AUGGAAGGUGAUCAAGAGAGAAAUGAGUUCUCAUCAGAGGACCACACGUAUAUAGAGCUUGAUAUCUUCGAUUCCUUCUUUGUGGAUUCAGUUACUACAGUUCGUGCUUCUAUUAACACCCCUGAUAUUUCGGCCAUGCAGUUCCUAAAUGCUAUGCCCAGGCCAGAAACAACAUUUUUGCUCUGCCCAGUAUCUUAUGAAGAAGGGUUGGAUGUUGUGAGUAAGCUGAAAAAUUCUGAAAGUAAGGACUUCUUUGAUUUGUCAGUAAAUCUCAUAAAAAGAGUCACCAUUCCAAUUCUUGUACCACUAACUUUCUGCUUGAACUCAUGCAUUGUGGAGGGUGUUUUCCCUGCUCUACUAAAGAUCGCUAAAACUGUACCCAUUCACAAGAAGGGUCCAAUUGAUCUACCGGGUAACUUCAGGCCUAUUGCAAUCUUACCUGUGUUCUCCAAAAACGAAUGCAAAAAGGAAUGCUGUAUAAGAAACUGGAAGCUGUAA